UAUACUGUAUUUUUGUCGGAUACAGAGUAUGAAUGAAAAUAGACAGUUCUCAGAAACCUCAUGUCAGAUUUUGAUAUGGUCAUACAGUACAUUAGCUUGACUGAACUGGACUGGGCUCUUCAACCUGACCAAUGAGCUGGAAUGGACUAGACUGUAGGACGUUACGGGAAUGCGCUUACAAAUUUACAUGUGAUGAUAUAAAAUGAAUUAAAAAGAGACAGAACGAAGAACGAGACAGCACUAUGUCUUUGUCAUCGGGAAAGGGAAAUAAUGGCGGUUAUUUGCCAAAAGUUGUUGGAACACCUCAACACAUGGAAAAUGAAACACUGUUAGAAGGAUUACAAAACAUACUUGAUGACUACCCAGAUGGUUCUCAGAUUCUACGAGAAAUGGUACAAAAUGCCGAAGAUGCUGGUGCUACGUGUAUGAAAAUCAUGUAUGACAGUCGUCCUAUAGACCCUGGUGACUCCUUGAACAUUAGUAAAUAUUUCAAGGGUCCCGGAAUUUGUAUAUACAACGACGAGACUUUUAAGGAUAUUGACUGGAGAGGAAUAAAGAAAAUAGGUGCCAGUUUUAAGAGGAAAUUGAAUGAACCACUAAAAGUUGGAAGAUUUGGUCAAGGCUUUAAAUCAGUUUUCCAUAUCGCAGAUCAUGUUGUAAUUUUGAGUGGAAAGAAACUUUUGAUCAUCGAUCCGUUAAAGUCAGAAGAGAAGGAAGAUGAUUGCUGGUCUGCCUCUCUCAAAGACCUUUCAGAAGAUGACUCACCGCAGAAAACACUGACUUGCUUUGACUGUAAAUAUGGUUUCAACAGUGACAUAAUAUUUGAAGAUGAACCGGAAUAUGAAGGGACCCUGUUUUGGAUUCCCCUUCGGGAGAAAAGUAGUUUGAUAUCUCCGAAAUUGUACACAAACGAAAACAUCUAUCAGUUAUUUGAGUCUUUCAAACGGGAAGCUCCGAUUAUACCAUUAUUUCUUAGACAUAUCAAAAAUCUAGAACUCUCCUUUGGCCAGACAGAUAAACUUUCAUACCGCGUAGAAUUGGUAGAGGAACAUGUGUUAGAGGGCAAUAAAGAGUAUGAAAAAGUUAUCCGAGAAAUCGAACAACGGAAAUCACUCCCCGAUACUACAAUAUCAUCAGUUAGAGAAGUAGUUGUACAAACAUAUCCACGUGCAAGAAAAGGUUUCACGAAAGACCAUUGGACUAUAGUUCAAUAUCUUUACGGAUCUACUCAAAUGUCACAAUCAAUGAAAUUGUUAUCAAGAGAUAAGGGCCUUUCUCUUAGUCCGUGUACUGGUAUUGCCUUUUGCACAAAAUCGAACAGUGUAAAUAAACUAUCAGGUCACGUGUUUUGCUUUCUUCCGUUGCCUCUAUCAGAUAGAAGUAUUUCAGGAUUGCCGGUACACGUAAAUGGAUUUUUUGCAUUGGAGCAUAACCGAUGUCAUGUGAAGUUCGGAUGUGAUCAAGAUCAGAAUGAUAAUAGCUUAUUGUGGAACGAUGGACUGAUCAGCGAAUUUUUGCCCCAAAAUUAUAACCAUAUACUUUGCCAUUUUAAGGAAAUGUGUAAAAAAGAUGGAAACACUCCCGAUCUUGUGGAAACAUUCUACAAAUUGAUUCCAGAUCCCGACAUUGUAGAUUUACAAUGGCAUCUUCUUUUGAAACCUUUGUAUGCUAUUCUGUUAAAAGAUACAAGCUUUUAUACAACUCAGAAUGGUGGUAAAUGGAUACAAAUAGAUGAUUCUGUAGCUGACAUUUUUUAUGGUACCACACAAAACGAACAUGAAAAAGUUUUGCAAGUGUUAGAAAAACUUUUGAUCGAUUGUGGCGUUAACUUUAUAAAAUUACCAAAAAAUAUUAAAAAAGUGCUUAAAUAUAUGGAUCAUAAUCCAAUGUCAAUUACGCCACAACUCAUAAGGGACAACCUGCGAAGUUCUGAGUGCUGGCAAGAGUAUAAAAUCGUCCAGAAGCUUUCGAUACUUGCAUUCAUCCUUUCAGAUAAACAAUAUGGCGAAUUAGAUGGAUUAAACCUUCUUCCUCUAAGUGAUGAUGAACAUACAUUUUCAAAAUUUUUAAAUGACGCCGAGGAUAUAUAUGUUCUCUGUGAUGAAAGUUUAGACCUAUUUCCUGGGUUUGAAAGAAGGCUUGUAUCAAAGAAAAAUGUACCAGAUGGAGUAUGGAAAGAGUUGGUUGAAAUUGCUGAGAAAGGGCUAUAUCAACUAAAGCUCGUAACCAAUGAAGUUCUCCCAGAUAUGUUUCAACAGAUAUUUAAACUUCAUUGUAAAACAGAAAGGGCCAACAUAUUCACUGCUGAAACCAAUCAGGUUUUAACUCGUACAUGGAUUGAAAGUGUGUGGAAGUACAUAUAUUCCAGAGGUAUUGAUAAUUUGCGUAUAUUUGAAAACGUUCCACUUAUUCCACUUUUUGAUGGAAAAAAGCCAGAAAAUGUUUUGAGUGGACAAGAACAGGGGAAAAGUAUUGCAGUACAAUUUUUCUGUUUAGAGGGAAAAUAUAUGCUGACUGAGUAUGAAAAUAUACCAACGUUACCAGCACCUGUACAAAAAGUAAUCCAGUUGACUGGGAUACAGUUAUUUCCUCCAGCAAAGACUAUUGGUUUCUCGUACGAGGAUGUUUUUGGAAAGUAUAUCAAACUUCCAACACCUGAAAACGUCGUAAGCUGUUUCGAAUUUUUACAAUCAGACAGUUUGAUUUCUGAAGUAUCUCGAAAAAUCAAUAACAUCUGCACCGACCAAGAACGAGCUAAUCUUGCAAGGUACCUCAACGACCAUUGUUCUGCAAUAACAUCAUGCUCACAGUAUUUGUUAAAGGACAUACACAUGUUUUACCAUUCUGACAAUAUACAACAUCCAGAAAUAGUUUCAUGGAACGACAAUAGUUCUACGGUAUAUGCAUCACCAUUCCCAAAAGGAUUAUCAUAUCCACGCUCGUUUCUUCUUCCUGAUUGUGCAAAUUUAUUGACAAAGUUUGGAACCAUUCAAGUAAACAAAUGUCAAUUGCUAAGUGAAAUUGUUCAUUUAAUGCUUAAUGAUACAAAAUACAAAUCAGAAGAUAAACUAAAAUUCAUGAUUUAUUUAAAGGGCCAACCAACAAAUGUACUGGAUGUACAACUGAAAAAGGCAAUGGAUAUAAACUUCAUACCUUCAAAUGACGGACGAGAUCACCGCGUUAAAGAUUUGUUUGAUCCAACUUCUGGACGUUUAAAAGAUCUUUUUCGUGGUAAAAAAGGAGUAUUUCCUGAUGAAGAAUUUGUAAAUCAAAAUAACUUACUCACUUUUUUAAGUCAACUUGGAAUUAAAAAAGAAGGAGACAUUACUUCUAAAAAUCUUAUCGAGGCAGCAUUUGAUGUUGACAAUGCCAAUGACUCUCAAAACCGUGUGAGUAAAGCAAAAGCAUUGAUCUCAUUUUUAGUGGAUAGCCCAGACAGCAUAUCAAAAGAAGAAUUUAAAGAAAUCAAAGAACUAAAAUGGAUACCUUGUUGUAGAGAAAAGCCUGAAAGCUAUCCAUGCAAGCUUGAACUUUAUGGUAGAGAAGAAAAAUUUUGUUCUCCAAAAGAAGUUAAACACUUUCAAUUUGUAAAUAUCAUAGGAACUAUAAAACCACUUGUAGAUGUUUUUCCAGCAGAAAGCAAAGUUUCUAUGUUUUAUGAAUGGAACUCUGAACCUGAUGUCGAACUAGUCAUAAGACACUUAGAAAAAUUGAUGCAAGUCUACAGCAAAAAUGAUAAUUCAAAAUAUAUCAGCAUGUCAAGGUAUAUUUUCGGAUUUUUGAGCCAACAAAGAAAGAAAGGCUUUUUAGAUAUAAGUAGACUGCAGACACUAAACUGCGUUCCAACAGAUAUUUAUGGUUUUAAGUCAGCCAAAACUGUAGUCUUGAAAAUGCAUUGUAAUAAACUAAAGUACAGUCUGAAAUUGGAACCAUACAUUUUCCAGCUCUCGCAGGAACUAGCAUGCUUCCAUGAAUUAUUUCAGGAAAUAGGUGUCAAAUCAGUGGUUGACUUUAAAAUGUUAGAAUCAGUUCUUAUUCAGAUUAGAGAUAGAUACCACACUACGACUGACGGUAAAGGUGAUAAUUUUGAAAUCAUUCAAGACAGAAAGUUUACAGUGGAUAUACUGAAACAUAUUGUCAGUAUGAACAUUGAUAAAAAUCUAAUGAUGGGUUUAUAUGUUCCAGUUAUGUCCGAUGAUGAUUCACUAGUCUUUGACUAUGUGAAAAACUGCACUUUCUCAGAAGAUGUUCGCAAUAUAAAUGAAGACACUGGAAUAGUAUUUGUUCAUCCCGAUAUUUCUGAGGUUGCAUCGCAGCUAGGUAUAGCAUCUUUAACAAAAAGAACGUUAGAAAAGAGUACCGUUUUCAUACCAUGGGGUCAAAAGGAACCAUUGACCACAACCAUUGCAAAUGAACUUGAAAGUUAUGCUGAUGGAUUUUCUAUUCCAAAAGAAUUACUUCAAAAUGCCGACGACGCUAAGGCAAAACGGAUUGGUUUUUUAUACGAUGAAAGGGAAAACAAAGAUUUUCGAGAUAAGUUGUUUGAUAAAGGCAUGGCUGAGUGUCAAGGACAGGCGUUAUGGGUUUAUAAUGAUGCCAUGUUUCAACAAAAAGAUUUUAUUAGCAUUUUAGAUAUUGGGGGUAAAACGAAACUAAUGGACAAUGAUAAAAUUGGAAAAUUUGGAUUAGGAUUUUCAUCUGUAUACAAUUUAACAGAUGUACCGAGUUUUAUCAGCGGUGAUACUUUAGUCGUAUUAGAUCCACAUUUGCAUCAUCUUGGAGAUGCAGUUCAAAAUAACGAACCGGGAGUUCGCGUACAAAUUACGAAAGAUAUAUUGACGAUAUAUAAGAAUCAAUUCAAACCAUUUGAAGGCAUAUUUGGCUGCAAACUUGAUACUGGUGAUGAUGGAAAAUUCAAUUAUAAAGGAACCCUCUUUCGUUUUCCGCUGCGUACUUAUACACAAGCUACUCUAAGUAAAAUUAAAUCAACAGAAUACAGAAAGAGAGAAAUGACAGAACUAUUAAAUAAAUUAAUAUCGGGAGCUGCAAACUUAUUACUUUUUACACAGAAUGUUACUGAACUAGUCGUAUACCACCUUGAUGGAAAAAGUUGUAAUCCAGAAUUUGAUCAACAGCUAUUGUACAAAGUUGUCAAAUCAAACGUUGGAAGCGAAGAAGAACCGUUUUUGCAAACUAUUGUCGCCAAAAACCAUCUACACAAAGGCUCUAAACAAAUUUCACGCAUUCAAACAAUUGAUAUAAAGUUUAAUCUUACAGACAAAAUACAACGAUUGCCAACAAAUUUAAAACCAUUUUCUGGAAAGCAAUCUUGGAUUGUUUCAUGGGAUACUGGAAAAAGUUCAUUUGAUCUUGAAAAGAAAUUAAGAAACACAGGUGCUGUCACAAUUGGCAGUGUUGCCAUCCCUGUUGAUAGUAACGGGAAAAUAUUACAACUUUCUGAAGUCCCUGAAGGUUUCUAUUCAGUGAGUCACCUGUUUUGUUUUUUGCCAUUGCCUCAACAAACAUCGCUACCAUUACAUAUCAAUGGGUGUUUCAUGACUGCUCGGGACAGAAGAUGUAUUGUCACAUAUAAUGAGGAUGAUAUUUCAAAUGUGAAUUCGCAAUGGAACGAUGCUUUACUAACAGAUGUAGUUCAAAAUGCAUACAUUAAUCUUGCAAGUUUUAUCACUUCAACAUCUUCAAUCAGCAACGUGUUAGAUGGUUACUGGGAAGCAUGGCCACUUUCCACCGAAAAUGAUCGAGCCAUCAGCAACUUGGUAAAAUCAUUUUAUAAAAAUGUGUUGGAAAGAGACCCAGUUGUUUUCUAUCGGAAAAGUAAAGAUGCAGUUAUUUCCUGCUCAUUUAGUCACAUGUUAUUCUUGGAACCCACAUUUCGAAACGUUCAAACCAUCGGCCAAAUUGCUUUCGAAAGUCUCAUUAACUUUUAUCAUGGUUCAGAAACUGUCAUUGACAUGCCUGUGGAAGUUUGCAAAAUGUUUGACAUGGCAAACACAAAAAUACAAGAAAAACUAAUAUCGAAAGACAAAUUUUAUGAGACAUAUUUUUUUCCUCAUAUGACAGAUAAUUACUGGAAAUCGCCAAGUAGAUCUACCCAACGCGACAUACUAUUAAAGUUUGCAUUGGAAAACCAAACACUGCAUGAGCUCAUCAAGACAAUUGAGUGCAUACCAGUGAAACAGAGUGAUACCCUACGAAAACCAUCCGAUUUAGUAUCCCUUACAGGAUCAGUUUCUAACAUGUUUGACACUAAUGACCAAUGCUUCCUUAGAGAAGAUUUUGAGGCAUACACCAGUACAUUAGGAGAAAUGGGAAUGAUGGUCGAUGCUGUGACAUCCAAAGUUCUUUUGGAAAGGGCAUGUUCAUUGCAAACAGCAAAGAAUCUAGAUCUCAAUGAGGCACUUCAAAGAUCUUCAUCAAUUAUGAAAUAUUUGAAUAAUGCUAUUGAAAAUCAUCAGGAUGUGACCAGCAGUCUGAAAAAAAUACCGUUUUUACCAGUCAUGUCAAAGCCUGAGGAUUGGCCAUCCAUUAUUCCAUGGAAAAACGACAUAGUUGAGAGAGAUAAGAUAUUUCUUCCACCAAAAGAUUUGUUUCUUUCUGAAGAUAGAUUUUUGAUCAGUGCCAUUGGCUUUAUCUCAGGACACAACGAUCAUACCAAGGUUUUACAGUUAAUUGGAAUCAGAGUGGUAGAAAUAAAGGACGUAAUAGAACAACUAAAGAUAAUUGGAUCCCUAAAUAUUGGCAUUAAUUCUGAAAUUAAAGAAAUGGGUUCGAGAAUAUAUGGCUAUAUAAAUAAGUAUCUAGAAAAUUAUCCGGACAACCUGGUUAAAAGAGAGUUAAAACAUUUACAAAAUAAAAAUAUUGUUUUCAUUAAAGAAAAAAUGGUCUCUCCGUCGCAGGUAUCAAUAAACUUAGAGAGUGAUUGUGAUCCGUAUCUGUAUGAGAUCGAUCCAAUAUUCCAGGAAUAUACUGCAUUGUGGAAUCACAUGGAUAUUCCAAGAUAUUUCGAUUUAGAUACUUUUCUGAAUGUUUUACAGAAGAGGAGUUAUCAGCUCAAGGAAAUCAAAAUGUCGUCUACAGAUGUUAAAAGCAUUGUCAACAUCUUGAAAAACAUUUGUUCUUUAUUGAAACGCGAAAAACGGGAUCUAAAGAGGACAGAAAAAGACAAAUUAUUUAUACCGGAUACGCAAUGCAUUCUUAGAUCAAUAGAAAAUAUUUGUUUUGACGACGAAUAUAAAGGAGUACUUUUCGGUGAAAACCAAUUGAAUUGCAUCCAUCCCUUCGUUCAACAUGAAUUUGGAAUUGUAGAAACUUUAGGUAUAAAGCCGAAACGUACACUUCAUCUAUCUCGCUAUUCUAAUGUUCUACCAUUUGGACAGAAAGAAAAACUUGUGACGCGGCUCCGGGGAAUAAUAUCUGCCUAUCCAAGGGAUCACUCUAUUUUGAAUGAACUAUUGCAAAAUGCAGACGACGCUGGAGCUACAGAGGUUCAUUUUGUCCUUGAUAUGCGACAUCAUGGAACACAACAUGUUUUCAAUGAUUCAUGGAAGAAAUUCCAAGGUCCAGCAUUGACAGUAUAUAAUAAUUCUUGCUUUUCAGAAACAGACCUAGAUAAAAUUCAAGAACUAGGUCAUGGGAGUAAGUCAGAUGACCCCACAAAAACAGGACAGUUUGGUAUUGGUUUCAACGCCGUGUACCAUUUAACAGAUGUUCCUUCCUUUCUCACACGAGGACCUAGUACUCCAGAAGGUAGUACAUUCUGUGUUUUCGACCCACACUGUACUAAUGUUUUAAUGGUCGAUCAGAAUUCCACUGGAUUGCGUUUGGAUGAUGUCAACAUUUUACAACAAAGUUAUGAAGAUGUUUACAACACCUAUUUGCAAAAGGAACUGGUUUCAGAUACAGGCACGUGGUUCCGAUUUCCACUGAGAACUCAGGAUAUGGCGGAAAAAUCUGAAAUAAGUGAUACUAUUGUAGAUGAAAAUUCGGUUAAAAAAAUGUUUUUGACAAUGAAAUCCAAUAUGAAAAAAAGUCUAUUAUUUUUAACCAAUGUGCGUAAAAUAAGUUUGUCUUACAUUAAAAAGGAUGGUACAAAGUUAUCUGACACUGAGUAUGCUUUUUUACAAAUGAAUUCUGAAGAUAGUCAACAAAAAGACAAUUUUGUACACAAUUCCAAUUUUCAAUUUAAAUCAUUGCAAGAGGAAAAAUUGAAUUUAAGAAAGUUUGAACACAUGAAAGUCAGAUAUAAUGUAAAGCUACACGAUAACACAGAAUAUGUUGAAAGGUGGUUGAUUGUAGAGGCAUUUGGAUUUCCGGAUCUAAAAGAUGUACCAGCAGAAGUUGUUAAAGCAUUUAAUGAAAAAGAAAUAAUGCUUUCACCCAAAGGCGGAGCAGCAACUUGCAUAGAAUCAUAUAACAGCGAAACAAAAGACAAAAAGUAUUUUGAGAUGGAAAAUGGUAGAGCAUUUUGCUUUUUGCCGCUGCCCAUUUCAACUGGCUUACCAGUUCAUAUCAAUGGUCACUUUGCUUUAAGUUCAAAUAGAACUCAGAUAUUUGGUGGCCUUUUCAAAGAUGAUAUACGAUGUAUGUGGAAUCGUUGCAUUGUUGAUCAAACAAUAGCAUAUGCAUAUGCAAGUCUUCUAAAAUACUAUCAACAAGAAAUUGAAAAUCGUACAUAUCGGCAUGCAGUCAAAAAGUUUUUCGACUGCUUUCCUGUUUUUGUUUUUGCAAAAGAAGAUAUUUGGAAAGAUCUAACAUUUUCAACUUACAAAAGUAUUAUCAGACAACAACUGAAUAUUUUUCCAGUAAGCCCGUCAUUUAAAAAACAUGAAUGCUCUAUUCAUCAAUUAUCUCAGCAAUUGGAACAAAAUAAGAAUUUCAAAAUCAUGAAAUGGGUGCCUCUACAAAGUACUCUAGGAAGGUGUCCAGCAUUCUUUGAUGAUCUUGAUUUUGGAACAACGAUCUUUGAUGUCAUCAAAGCAAGUGAAGGAACAACCAAAUCAACAAAAAGAUGUACAUUUUAUGGGGAACAAAAAUUAAGAGAGGUGCUAAUUGAUUUAGGAAUGAAUAUAAUAUGUGUUCCCACAGGAAUUUCUAGAAGCAUUAGUCAAGCAUGUACACGUAGAGUACAUAUCAGAGAGCCCUAUAAAGAAAAUAAAAAAACAAACAUGAAAAAAACAUUCUCUGAAAAAGGAAAACACAACCCUGAUGAAAACCAACGCCAAAAUUGCAUAUGCUCAAAAUCCGUAACUCCUAUUGUCGUUAUUGAUUUCUUAAAAUCCUGGAACAGCGGGGCUUCAGAUAAGUGUGUUAUUUCCAUUUCCUCUGGUGAAUUACUUGAUGAUACACCGUUUAGAGAUAUCAGCAGACUAAUGUCUGUUUUAGAGUUUUGUUUGAUGGGAAAUAUUAAAAGUAUUGACGAAUUAGUAGGCGUACCGCUGCUUGUCCGAAAUGACAAUAGUUUAACCGCUUUUUGCACAGAAAAUAAUUUGAUCUUGUCAAAGUAUUGUGAACUUUUUCCGCGAUCGGCUGACAAAUUUGUUCAUCAAUGUGUAUGGCCAAGUUUGAUGGCGUUCAAAGAAAGUUUCAAGAUAUUGGAGAUAACAACAUUUUCAGAAUUGCUACCAUAUACACUUGAGAAAUCAAUAUAUGAGAAUUCAGAACCAAUUGACUGGAUCUCAUCGGAAGAUAAAUUAGAUGAACAAUGGUUAAGCAUGCUCUGGGAAUUUCUCAACACACAAGAAAAUAUUGUCAAUGUUCUAAGAAACUGGUGCUUAUUGCCUUGCUUAUGGUUCAACGAUGAAAAUAAGCUAGUAUCGUUUCAAAUGGCAUAUUGUUUGUUUCACGAAGAGAGAGUCGAAGUAUCAAAAGACAAUUUGAGUAAGAUAAUGAUCAAACUCAAAAUCCCAUCGCCAAAUACCACAAUAUGUGGUACCAAACACUUAUCAGAUACAGUGGCCACGGUUUUUAAACCUACAAAAUUCGUCGAAUGUUUACAUUUUCAUAGGAAAAGUGUUCAGUGGAAUAACCUUACCACAGAUGAAUGUGACCAGCUCCUGACUUUUUUUAACAACUCCAUGGAUUCACUUGAUUUUCUAACCCUUUCAAAGUUGAAAACAUUAUUUCUGUUUACAACAGUUGUUGAAAAUAUCGUUAAGCUGGAUGAUGCCCAUAAAGUUCUUGUUGUUAAGAGUUCCGAUUGUAUGACAGUGUUUGACGGAUUAGAUGAUUUGUGUAUAGCAAAGAAAACAAUACUAAUAAAACACAAUUCAUCACACGAAAAAUUGUAUGGGAAAAUUGGAUGUAUCCUUUGUUACGAAACGAAGAAGAAGAGGAACAAAUGUUUGAAGUUUAAGCAUCCUUUACUGGGCCUUUACAAACAGUUCAUACUACCGAAUUUUUGCCAUUUGAACCCAAAGGCUCACAUGCCCCAUCUUACCUUCAUCCGAGAUGAAUUGUUGAGAUUUGAAGAAAUUAAAGAAGAUUUACUCAAUUUGGAGUUUGUUCCAACUGAGAGCACUUCACGUUAUAAAAAGGCAGGUGUGUUUUACAGUCCUCAUAACAGUAUAUUCCGUGAGCUUUGCAACGAUUCUGAACUUCCACCUACACCUUUUUCAGAAAAUGACUGGAAAGAAUUCAUGGAAUAUGCAGGGAUGAAAAGUACGGUUUCCUUGCAGAUGGUAAUUAAUUUUGCCAAGACAAUUCAGCAAAAUGGAAAAUCUCCUUGUUCAGAAAGACAAUCGAAAUUACUAAUUGAACAUUUGUUUUCUUUCUCCAAUCUUGAAAAGGACACAUAUGUACUAUCAAUAAUUAGUCAGAUAAAUUUUAUCACACCUUGUACGAUUUCUGAUCAGUACAGAUCUAUUUACAGCCCUGUAAGUGAUGAACGACUGAUAUCCUUUAAAGAUAGCAUACCACCAGGGUAUAUUGACUUGUGCUGGACAAUGGAAGUUCUACUACCUGAGUAUGCCUUACCAACUAAUGAAUUGAUACUUAAACACCUUAAUGUUAAGGAACAGCCUGAUUUAAAAUGUGUCGUUUCACAUAUCCAUAAGGUGUGUGAAUCGUUCCAACGAUCUGGUAUUCAGAAAGAAAACAAGUCAUUUAUAAAGGACCUAAUGGAAACUUUUUAUAAAUAUCUUUCCAAACUUCCAGAACAUUCUAUGAUGGAGGCAAAGGUAAUGUUAGGUCAAACAGCAAUUAUUUACUUUGUUGAACAUGGGCAGUUUUUGCAGGCAAGUAGUGUUGUAAUUCACUUACAAAGAAAUUAUCAAAUUCCACCUUACUUGCUUAAGUGUUCUGAUUGCUACGGAGAAUACUUCGAUCUGUUUAAGAUACUUGGUGCCACAGAAAAUGUUUCGAUUCAUCAGUACAGUAAUAUAUUAGCUACAAUGAAGAACAAAGCGCAAGAGAAACCUCUCACAGUACAAGAAUUGAAAUCUUUCGAAUGUGCAUUUGUAGGGCUAUUGUACUGUCUAGAGAAUUAUACACAAAAGGAUGCAGACAAAGAUAGCAAAAUGCAUUUGUAUUUACUCAAUGAAAAGAACGUUCUCAAACUUGCGAGUAUUCUUACAAUAAAUGAUCGUAAUGUGUUUAGGUCACGGAUCGGAAAUGUAAAACAAAUUGAUUUUAUGUGUGACUUGGCACCUCUCAUAUUAGACGGUCUUAAUCCUGUUGCUCGUCUUCUGCGCCUACCUGCAAACAGCAGACCUUAUACUAUCACACAAUCUGUAAAAGAGAAGGUUGUUUCCACGGAAUCAAUUGUUCCAAGCGAUGUAGCUGCAAAAUUAGAACUGUUUUUAUCUGGUGAUUUAUUCAGCUAUGCAAUCCUUCGUUUAAUGAAAACAUUUCAGGUCAAGAAAAAUAUGAAAAUUAGUGAGAGUGAAUUUAAACAAGUAACUGAUCAACUUAAAAAACUUCGAGUGCGUGCCUUGGUAACUUUAAAAACAGUUCUCGUAUACAAGAACGAGGAGUGUAAAGCAAGCAUAAGAAACAAAACAGUUUUCUAUGCCCAAGAUGAAAAUGUUAUGUAUGUAGAGUUUCGAAAAAAUCUCACAGAUUCAUGGUUAUCGAGAAACAUUAUUUGGAUUUCAGACGGUAUUAAAGAGAUAGCUUUUAAAAAGAUAUAUAUUAGCGACAUCCAGGCAAUCAUGCCCUUCUUAGAAUUAUCCAGGACUGAACUUGAAGAAGAGUUGAACAAGCUUGAAUUUGUAGAUGCUGACUAUAAGUUUGAAGGUAUUUCCUGGUUUCCUUUACCUGGAACACCUGUUCAAGAGGAAUUUUUAGGUUUCUUAUCCUCAGAAUUUUCUUCAUUCGAAGCAGGAGACUAUGCUGUAUAUGAAGUUUUUGACAAUACUGGAGAUGACAUCGAUGAUGUGGUGUCAGUUUACAUUUAUGUAAAGAUAGUAGAACAGCUGAGAGAUGAUUUAGAAACAUUUCCGUUGUACGUGAUAAAUACCGGUGAGGACGUUGAAUUAAAGAUAAGGUCACAUAGACUUUAUAAUGUCAUCAGGCCAGAACUAAGUGCAUCAGCAGAUAUUCAACUAUACACCCGGAGCCAGGUGGAGCAGACGAUUGACCAAAAUGAACAAAUUUUUCAAACAAUAGAAAUAUUUUUAGUUCAUGCAUGGCGCCUAGGACCCGAUGAGUUUAAAAAUGUUGUUCGCCGCCUGGUUCUAAGAUGGCAUCCCGAUAAGAACGAAAAUUCAUCUUUCUGUGGAGAAGUUUUUAAACAUUUAACCAAUUUCGCCACAAAACUGCAAUCAGGUGAAAUAGAUGUAAGCAAAAUUGAUGUAAGAAGAAACUAUGAAAAUGGUCAGUGGGAAGAAUAUUUACGUAAAGCUACGUGCUAUGGAGACGAUGUGGAUGGAACUUCAAAAGAUUAUGCAUUUGAUAUUCACGGAUUUGCUAACCGAGUCGGAACAAAACGUCCAAGAGAUUGCCAACAUCAUGGUUCAUCAUUCCAAAAUCCACAACCACAUAUGGGUCGCAUCUGGAUUAAACAAGCCAAAUUCGAUAUGUCUGCUGCACGACUAUCUUUAACCACAGCAACCGAUAGGACAUAUAACUGGGUGUGUGUACAGAGUCACCAAGCCGCAGAAAAGGCUCUCAAGGCAGUACAAGUAGUCGAGGAUUCCUCUCAAGUGGGAAACGACCAUUUCUUGAUGAAAUAUAUAACAUUUAGAAAUCCAACACUCAAGGAUGCUUCACAAAAGCUGGAAAAUUUAGUAGUGAACUAUUCAAGGAUGCGAUACCCAAGAAUAACGUCAUAUCCUCUAGCACCAUCCGAAAUGUAUUCCAAAGAACAAGCAGAAGAAAGUGUCCGGUUAGCUUCUAUCAUUGUUGGCACUGUCGAAGAUCAAUUCUUUUGAUAAGAUAUACACAAAGUGUACCCUUGUGGAAUGUAUAGAUCAUUAUGUUAUACAUGUAUAAACACCUUCUUAAAGAGUAUCGCAUUGACUACUAGUAAAAUGAAAUCAUAGGUUAAAUAUUGCUAAGUGGUCGCUUAGUUAUGUUUUUUAGUCCCUAACUUCGACACAUGUUUGAAAUGUAAAGAAGUUUGUGAUUUCAUUGUAUCCUAUAUAAUUAAUUGAAUUGUGAUACAUUUUGUAUAAACAUAUAGUGUGUCCUGUAAAAUUCACUGUAUAUGUUACAGUAAAUAGCUGAAAUUAGGAAAUACUCGUAAUUACUAAAAUUUUGGAAUUACAUUUAAUUCCUGAUGCACUUAGUUAAUCCAAGUAAUUCCUGAAACUGCCCAGUUAUUACCAGUAAUUACUAUUUUUUAAAUGAAUUUUUACACCUAUUUACUAUCUGUUAAACAAUGCUGUAUAUUAAAAAGUUAUCAUCCUAAUUAUAUAUAACAUCUAGUAUUCAUUAGCAUUUUAUUAUCAAUUAGAUAAUUUUUCAUAUGUCUUAUCAAAUAGUAGGGCUUUUUUUAUCUAUUGUAUAUAGUUUUACAAUUCAGUGCUAUAAAUUUGUAACGUGUUCUGUUUUUGAAUAUUAAGUAGCAAUUUCCAUAUUUCAUCUUAUUAUUACAUUGUUUUAACAUAUUUUUGAUAAUUUAUAUAAUUGUUAGUUAUUUUGCUAUUUAUACCACAAAUAUGAUGCGGUAUGAUAUUAUACAUUAAGAUAAAUGUCAAAAGAAUUCGGAAAAUUGCUGAGUUUUUUUCUACCAUUGCUUUCUAUGCUGAUUGGUCCAGUCUCUACUUCGCACCAAGCGGUGAUCCAGGAUCCAAGGCUAUAUACCAAUAUCAUUUCAAUAGUUUCAGGAUUUUCUAGAUUGAUGCAUUGUAUUUGAUGGUCAUGAAUUUAUUUGAGCAGAUUUAUAUUUUAUAUGUUUUCAUAGUAUUUUGCUACUGUCAAGGCAAAACUAUUUCAUUAUAUUGUUUAUUGUGCAGGUUGUCGUAUAUUAAAAUACUUUAUUUUGACUUGUACAUAACAUGUGAUUUUUGUAGAUACUUUUUGUAAUUUUUGUUGGUGAAUGAGAAUUUUGCUUUUCCGUUUGAUACAUUUUCAAUUGAUAGUGUGCAUUUAGGUACUAGAAAAUUAUGAAAAGUAGGACUUUCGAUAUGUUUUAAUGAACACAUAUUGUGUGUUGGGAAUAAUUAUUAUUUUCUUUCUUUGAUUUCUUUUUUGAUGUAAAUAACCCGUUUUGCAACUACUGUUGGGAAAUCGGACGUUAUCCAUUUUAUAAAGAUGUAAAACUAAGAAUGAUAUCCUACUUGUCUAAGCUUAUUAUGGAAAAACUGUCAAAAUUUUCAUAUGUCAUGUAUACGUUUUGCUCCGUUUGUAUUGUACCAAAAACAUAUUACCUGAUAACAAUAUUAAAUCUAUCCCUGGUCGAACCUAGUAUACUUAUCCCCCGAAUUAAUUGCCCUGUUACACUUGUUUAAAAUUAACUCACUUUUUGAUGUUCACUCUUUACAAAAAAUAGACACGUAUACACCAAAAUUGCAUCUGUAUUUUACAUUUUUUGCAACCCAACUGCAUUAUUUCAAAGUUUUUUUUUCUUAACCCUCAUCAUCAACCUUCUGAUUUGGAGAAUAUUUUUUGAAAACUUUAAACAAAAAAGAUUUUUUACGUUUUGUAAAUUCAGAACAUAUAACCAUACACUUCCUGUUGAAAUUGUAAUAUGGUCCAUUAUAGAACGUGAAAACAGAAAGUGUAAAUUAUGUAAUUCAGACAUUGGAGAUGAAAUUCAUUACAUUCUUUAAUGGUCACAUUUUAGUAAAGAGAGAAAAAUCUAUGUAAAACAAAGCUUAAAAAGAAGGUCAACUAUAAUACUCAUUGUUGAAAUUAUGUCUUCAACAAACAGCACAGAUUUCAUUUAUCUAUGUAUGUUAAUACGAAUUAUAAAUAAUUACAUGUUUAUAUUUGUAAUGUUAUACAUGUCUUCUCUUUGCUUAAUACGUUUAUAGUGAUGAGAAUAAAGAUAUAUAUGUCAAUAAAGGCCAGUUUGGCAGUGCUGGGUAGAUAAACAUGUUGCUACGUUUUAACUGGUUGAGGAUUAAAACAGAAUCCGCCUGGAAUAAUAAAAAAUCACGCCCCUUUUGAGAAAUUGGCUUUUUAAAAUACAUACUUGGUUUUUAAAGGAUUGUCAUACAAUAGGGGUAUGUGUAAUUCUACAAAACCGGGUUCAACCGGAAAUUUUAUUCAAAAGAACAUUGUACUUAUGAUGCCUACAUAACAUUCAAUGGUUAAUAGUUCCGUGACCGAUUUGUUGUAGAUUUUUCUCUAGCUUACCAGCGUUGGUUUAUUUUAGAAAAUAAGUACAAGUGUUCUACCUUGAAAAGAUUAAUCUCCACUCAAAGAAGUUGAACUGAGUUUGACUCUUUAACGACUAGUCCAAGUAAGUUUUUUGGGGGUCGCCUGGUUCACUGUUCGAUUCUGAAUUUUUUUAAUUUUCCCCGGCAUGCCAACGAAAAGAAUUAGAUGAUUAACUAUCUACCGUUUUCUUAGCCAUUAUAUUGUCAUCGAAAGUGGUGUAAUAAGCCAGUAAAAUACAUUAUUAGGUCUAGUUAUCUUCCAGUAUAAAAAGCUUUUUGGUUUGUCCUUACUGGUUUUUAUUCGCCGUUUAAUUUCAGAAUUAGAAUUUCAAACAAUUGUAAACAAUAUUCGUACAAAGAAUCAAUCAAUCUUGUUUUUUUUUCAUUAUGAAUAUAAAAAAGAAGACGUGGUAUGAUUACCAAUGAGACAACUCUCCACAAGAGACCAAAUGACACAAAAAUUAACAACUAUAGGUCACCGUACGGCCUUCAACCAUGAGGAAAGCCCAUACCGCAUAGUCAGCUAUAAAAGGCCCCGAAAUGACAAAUGUAAAACAAUUCAAACAAGAAAAAAAAAAUAACGGCCUAAUUUAUGUACAAAAAAAUGAACGAAAAACAAAUAUGUAACACAUCAACAAACGACAACCACUGAAUUACUGGCUCCUGACUUUGGACAGGCACAUACAUACAGAAUGUGGCGGGGUUAAACAUGCUAGCGGGAUCCCAAGCCUCCCCUAACCUGGGACAGUGGUGUAACAGUACAACAUAAGAACGAACUAUAAAAAUCAGUUGAAAAAGGCUUAACUCAUCAGAUGGAUACAAAUAGAAAUACAUCCAAUAAAAACAGAGAGUGGACGUGGCCGGGUACUUGUAUAUCCUAACAACAAAAAGACACUAAGUACAGAUCUGAGAGUACUCGCAGUUACUGACAACUAGUUCAAAGCCACUAACAACUAAUAAAAAAAUCAUGCAUCUAAGACUAAAUUAUCAAUCAGUACACAUCCAACAUCCAAUGGAUUUAGUGUAAAGACGUCAUAAACAGUCAGCGAAAAAAAUGACCUUGUGCAAUGCCAAGAUACAGGUAUCGUUAGAUUGUAGAUCCAUGAAUGUGUAUAUGUGUAUAACAAUAAUAUUUAGUUUGCUUUUAAUUCUUUAUUCAGUUAGAUCAGAUUUUUUUUUCACAAAAAGACGAAUAUUUUUAUAACUUAGAUUGUGUAUUCAUAUUUUAUAUUACUUAUCAUUUGUAAUUUGCGUGUUUUUUUAUUUUGAUAAUUAUAUAAUAAAGAUAGUAUUGCUA